AGUCCAAACCCAAUCUCUCCCUCACCAUCUCCCACUUGCCUUUCUCUCACUCUAAACCCUACACGAUACACACACACACGCAAAAAAAAUAAAAUUUAUAUUGCUAUUCCUCUCCUAAAAAGAUGAAACCAGAUCAUCAACUGGGAAAUAAAAGAAAAUUAUUUGAAGAUGAUCCCAAAUUAAACAAGGAUAAUCAAACUUGGGUUUAUGAUUCUUCUGUCGAUCAUAAAGGAAAUCUUCCUCUUCGAGCUUCCACCGGCGUUUGGAAAUCUUCCCUCUUCAUCAUCGCUAUUGAGUUCAGUGAGAGGCUGAGUUACUUUGGAAUAGCGACGAGUUUGGUAAUAUAUUUGACAAGGGUUCUACAUGAAGACCUUAAAACAGCGGCUAGAAAUGUAAAUUAUUGGACAGGUGUCACCACUUUGAUGCCUCUGCUUGGUGGCUUCUUGGCCGAUGCUUAUUUCGGUCGUUUCUCCACUGUUCUCAUUUCCACCAUCAUUUACCUUUUGGGGCUAUCUCUGCUGACAAUGUCAACUCUGGUACCAAGCUUGAAGCCGUGCGGCAGUGAAACAUGCGAGGAGCCAAGAAAAUUGCACGAAAUUCUAUUCUUCACAGCAAUUUACUUAAUCUCCAUUGGUACUGGAGGCCACAAACCAUCUCUGGAGAGCUUCGGGGCCGACCAAUUCGACGACGAUCACCCCGAAGAAAGAAAGCAAAAGAUGUCUUUUUUCAACUGGUGGAACUCUGGGCUUUGCGCCGGCGUUAUAUUUGGAGUGACUUUAAUCGUCUAUGUUCAAGACCGCGUGGGAUGGGGAAUGGCUGGCGUGAUUCUCUCUUCGGUUAUGGCCAUCUCUCUCGCCAUCUUUCUUCUUGGAAGGCCUGUUUAUCGCUUCAGGGCUCCCUUAGGAAGCCCUUUAACUCCUCUUCUUCAGGUUAUUGUUGCUGCUUUUAGGAAGAGAAAUUUGGAUUAUCCUCCACAUUCUUCUCAUCUCUAUGAAGUUCAGAGUAGUGAUAAGUUUCAGGGGAGGCUCUUGUUCCACACCAAGAAUCUCACAUUUUUGGACAAAGCUGCGAUCAUUGAAGACACGGAUAAUUCAGAAGGGAAAGAAGGAGCUUGGAGGCUUGCAACCGUUACAAGAGUGGAGGAAUUAAAGCUUGUUCUGAAUAUGAUCCCAAUUUGGAUUACUUCUUUACCAUUUUCAAUCUGCGUCGCACAAGCAUCCACAUUCUUCGUCAAACAAUGUGGAACACUCGACAGAAAAAUCGGAAACAAGUUCAUUAUCCCCGCAUCCUCCAUGUACUGUUCGGCUGCCGCUGGCAUGAUCCUCUCCGUGGCCAUCUACGACAAGCUCCUCGUUCCACUCCUGCGAAAAACCACAGGCAACGAGCGAGGCAUUUCCAUUCUCCAAAGGAUAGGAAUUGGAAUGAUUUUCUCUUUCACAACAAUGGUCGUCGCUGCCCUUGUCGAGCGAAAGCGACUCAUCCGAACUGCAGAGGCAAUGAGCAUGAGCGUCUUCUGGUUGGCCCCGCAGUUCUUUAUCAUUGGAAUUGGCGAUGGGUUUGCUUUGGUUGGGCUACAAGAGUACUUUUAUGAUCAAGUUCCUGAUUCUAUGAGAAGCCUUGGGAUAGCGUUUUAUUUGAGUAUUAACGGGGCUGCAAAUUUUCUUAGUAGCUUGCUCAUUACAAUUGCGGAUCGGAUCACCAAAAAGAGUAGUGGCAAGAGUUGGUUUGGGGAGGAUUUGAAUAGCAGCCGUUUGGAUAAUUUCUAUUGGCUAAUUGCAGCAAUUGUGGCUGUUGAUUUGUGUGUUUAUGUGUUUUUGGCUCGCCGAUAUACCUAUAAAUCCGUGCAGAAAACCACGGUGGCUGAUUGCUACGACGGCAAGGGCCCAGACGCCAGUUCAGCGGCUUGAAAAUUAUUCGCUAUUUUCUGUUAUUGCUUUCUAGUACCUUUUAUUUUCAGAAAAAGAUUGCUUUCCCUUUAUCUAAUUUGUGUGUGUGGAGGCUUUUAGAUUUUAUAGUUAAACCAGAUGUAUUUAAUUUCCCUCCCUCUGUAAAAAAUUUAAUAGUAAUGGGAAUUGGAUAAUAUUAUUAAA